UCCCUCUCCAAGUAAGCCCAACUACCGUACAGUGACACCAGCGCAUCGUUGAUCGCCACGGAUGCAAAUCCUCCCAUCUCUCGCCCGAAAAUGGCGCAGAGAACUGGAGGAAUAUGCUCUUCGAGAUCCAGCAGAUCUCCAGUUGGUUCUUCAAUCUCCUCUCUUCUUGUUCUUUCUUUGUUUUGUUGCUUGACCUGGAUCAGGAUGGGAACAGAGGAGGUGGUCGACCUUCUCGAUCGCCACUGGUUCUUCCUCAACGUGCUAAAAAGCAACCACCCAACACAGGCGCCGCCAUCAUUGCGACCAACUCUCCCUUCUUCGCCGGACAAGACCAAGGCAUUAGGAGUCGUCGGCACGCCGUGUCAUGUCAAAGCCGCGACUCGUAAGCUUCUCCGGGAGCCAUCCAUGCCGAAUCCGACCCGGACUCGGCCUGAGGAAUCAUCAACGGCCACCUGUUCGAGGAAAAUACUAGCCGUCAGUACUCUGGCUCGCGCUCCGUCGUUGCCAGUUUACUGCAACGACGACGACGACUCCAUGCAACAAAACAGAGAUCGAUCGAGGUCGAUGUUGGCGAAGAAGUCCAAGCUCCAACGUUCUUCUUCUUCGGGGUGGGCCACCUUGAAUCCGAGCAUUCCAAGAUUCCGGCCGCCGCCGAGAGAUCGACCAGCGAUCCAGGGGAAGAAGUGGCGGAGCUACAGCGACCUAGAGUCCUUCGAGGUGCAAGGAUUCAAGGACUUGGGGUUUGUCUUCGACGGGGUGAUGUCAAGUACUGGAAGCCUAGCAAAUGUGAUUCCGGGACUGAGAGACAAGAAACCUUCUGACGGUCACAGAGAGUACGGAAAAGGUCUUGCUACCCGGCCGUACCUCUCCGAAGCAUGGUGGUUCGAGGAGAGAGUAGCUCAUGCGCCGCCGAAGCUGGUGUGGGCAGAAACAAUAACGGGGGCGGAGAUGAAGCAGCAGCUCAGGUCGUGGGCAAGGACCGUGGCCUGCAAUGCGAGGGAGAGGAAUGCUGACAGCAUCCACCAUCUUUCUUUAGGCCUACAAUAGAUCCUUAGGUUGAUUAAUGGAGAGAGAAUAGAACAGUGAGUAGUUCAUAUAUAGCUGAACAAUCAUGUUAGAGUCGUUGCGUGCAAAUAAACUUCAAAUUUGUUAUUCCAUCUGCAUAACGAUGAUGAUCAACUGGUUCCAUACUAAGAAUUCUCGACUUCACAA